AUGAAUUUGCUAGUAGGCUCCGACGCGUUGAUAUACCGGUCAUCGGACCAGUCGACGGCUUUGACGGUCCGCGUUGAGGACGCCAAAGACAUGCAGUCUCUUUUGGAAAGGCACCAGGAUGCUGUGCAGUCGGGUCGUUACGUCGCUGAUCAUCAACUCGCCCAACUUCAACAAAUCAGGAAACCUACUUAUGCGGAAGCCGCCGCAAAGCAACGACACGCUUUGGAGGAGGCAAAGGACGGUGGUGAAUCGAUGGCCGCCGUACGAGACGAAUCCCAUCAUCGGCACUUCGCUGCUCCAGAUUUAGAUCAGGUUCAGCUACAGACCUGCAUCGUACCGUCUCCACAAAUGCCAAUCGGUGGUCUUUUAUCGAAUUCCAGCCCCGGGGGUUCCAACCUACAGAAAGCAAUUGAUCCGUCACCAAAUCCUCCGAGGAGUUCGUCACCGGUAUCGACCGUUUUGGACGUCUACCUUGAUAAUAUAAUGGCAAAUGUACCGCAAUUGGCAUUAUGUCUACGAGACAAAGGAUUCAUUCAGAGCGUAAAACUUUUGCGCACGGAAGAUAUUCCAGCAGGUUUUUUGCAGCAAUCUACGAUGGAUACAAGUGUUCCCUUUUCGGUCGAAUCAGCAGACAGUCUCUCCACCGAUGAACAGAUAUUUUCACCCGAAAUUAUGGAGAUGAACGCGUCUACUUUGCUCCGAUUUCUCAAGGCGAACUGCUCGAAAGACAACGCGACUUAUUUGCUGCGUCGGGAAGCUGGCCAAACAAAUAUUCAACUUUAUGACGUCUCUUCAAUUUCCGCUCAACGUCAACGUAAAUGGAUUUGGUGGUUGGCUAUGAUGUCGUAUCGAUUUGCGAAUCGAUUACGCCACAUUUCAAUGAGUACUGCUGACAGCAGUCUACGUCGAAAGUUCCGUACACGUCAACGCGGACUGCUGCAAAAUACUCUCGAUUUGCUAGAGAAUCUCGCCGACAUGGACGGAAGCGCUCACGAGAGCUUAUCAGCGGCUAUUCGGGAAAGUAUGGCUGACACGUUUUUGGAUGCGGAAGAAGAGCAUUGCCACGAUGCCGAAGGGACCGACAGUACUUGCACUCCAGCUACGACACCGUCGAUAUCCUCUCAGCAGCCGUAUGGUUCUCUGAAGGCCGAUGCUCUCGGUAAAGCCCAAGACCACUUGGCGAGUGCUAUCAAGACUUUAUUGCCCUUGCUGGGGCGUAACGUUAACAAAAAGCACAAAUCAAUGGAUACCUGUAAUUCGCAUGUGAAGGAUAUGUCCAUCGGCGCUGAUGAAGCCGAAGAUUCCUGUGAUGAAGACGACGGCAUCGAAGGCCAUGAAUCUCAUAGUAUCCAAAUUGAUGCGUUGGCGACGCAAUUGUUUGGUAUACAUCAUAAAAUGGUGAACGUGUCUUUACGUCUGGUAGAAGUCUACCUUCGCAACUACCAUUCGUCCAGCGCAAUGCAGGCACUUCGCUUAGCAGCAAGGAAUCAAGCAUUCGAGAUCUUGAUCGCAAGGCCUGAUGAGAAUGGCAACAAGCCAAGUUUUUUCCACCACGGUCUUUUGAAGUUGUUGCAUCAACGGUUGGGUGAUGCCUGUAACGAGACGGGCAAGGUUCUAUUGGACGAGCUCCGCACACUUUUGAGCUCGUUCCCCAACGGGCAAGCACCGGACGAUGAGGCCGCAACCCCGGCGGAGCCCCUGUUAUUUUCGGCCGAAUUUUGGUUUUUGGAAAGCUUAGAGGCCUUCGAGAAGUGCAGAGACUUGCGAAAUUUGGCCUUGCUACGAUGCAACCUCUGCCAGUGUUAUAAGCUGCGGGCCAACUCUAUUUUUGCGACUCGCGGCGGGUCCACCAAAGACGGUCCCACGCAUCCCGAACUUUGUCUCCAGGAAGCGGCGGAUCAUUUGCAAGCUGCGCACGAAUCGCUUGGUGAACGUGACGUGGACCCCAUUUGUUGGGACAUGGUAAGCAACGAGCUGGCCGCCACCUUUCUGGUGUUGGGAGUCCGUCGCCGGCAGUCCCUGAUUGGAUCGGGGAACGUGCCGUUGAUUUUACAGGCGUUACGCCUCUCCCCAGGUAAAGAGCGAUCCAUAGUGGAUCCCAUGGAGCGUGCCUUGUCCAUUUACGAAACGUCUGGAAACCGUCACCAGGCUGCGGCGGCCCAUUACCAGCUGGCGUUGUUCUACGCCAAAAUCUGGACGUGCCAACGCGACGAAACGAAAACGCGCGCCAAACUGUCGUCGGCGUUUGGGCACUACAACGCCGCGCACGCCUUUUUUGCGCAAGCGGUACGCGGCAACGAGGCGACUUUUGGCCUGCUGUGUAUGGAUUUGUCGAAUUUGUACGCGGCCGUGGCGGGAGAAGAAUGUUUGGUGCACGCGUUGUCGCGGUGUCUGGACACGGCGGUGGCGUUUGCACCGGAAACCAUAGAAAGCGCGUUGCUUGUUGACGGCACGAACAGCACAACGCGAGCGGGGUGGUUGGAGCAAAUGGAGACAUUGGCGUCGUCGGUGGAGGAACGGGUGUUUAAGCUUUUACGGAAUCUGAUCAAACUCCCGGACCUAGCAAAGAGUAUGCGCUACAAGGACUGGUACCGGAUUGGAUUGACGGCGAAAAUGACCAAGGCGACGGACACGAAGGCCCCGAGUCUGACGGGAGACGAAUUACUGGAUCGCUCCGUAAAUCACUUACUCGACGUGCACCGGAUACUUCAGGCGGUUCGGAAGGCGACCGAGCCCCCCAGUGUAGAAUAG